AUGAGUGCCCAGGAUGCAAAGAACAAUGAGCUACCUGUUUCGUCAGGAGACACCCGCGGUCACCCCGAUAGUUCUCCUCAUAUGACUCCAGAAGAAAAGGCCCAUGCAGAAGCAAUACUACGAUUGACGGCAGUAGCGGCUGAUGAUACCACACGUACCGGUAACAUUAGUGAAUAUAGGGAUAUUGCCCAACUGGAAAGAGCAGCAGAUGAUAAUAACUUGGAUGGCAGAAGACCCGCAGUCCAAGAGACUGAAGAGGAGCAGACCGCGGCGGAAAACACGGGUUAUCGUUCAGCUUUGGCUACCAGGUUUGAAAAUAACCAGCGCAGAGGACAGCUAUCAUUCUUCCCUGACAGCGGCAGUGGUCCAAAGCCAACUGAACCACAAACUAUUCUUCUACCUGCCGCCAGCAGCAUUCUACCUGUCACCUACAGCCUGGAUCAUCCUGUCGACGGCAGCAACCCUUUAGAUCUGCCUUUGUCUUUAGAUCUUCCCGUGCCUGGAGAGCUGCCUGGAGCAUACAGAUCUGGUCCUGGAGAGUCAUCCCAACGCACACUGGCUCUGGACUACAAUCUACUGAGUGCUGCUGCUGUUUCCUCCAGUGCUACCGUUCCACUUCCUACAAUCCCACAUCCAGCUGCCCCUAUCAGUACCGGCACCAGUGCCGGUAAUAGUCGCCCCGAUGCAUUACUAUUGGCCGUGGCAAGCCAAGUGGAAGAAUUGCAGCAUGCCGAGGAAAUGGAUGCCAGCAAUGCAUCUCAUCUUCAACAAAUCGAAGUCUCGAGGAAAAGAUUCAAGACGUGUCUCCUACUGUUGGUCAUCGCAGCGAUUGCAAUUAUCAUGAUUCUGGUGGCUGUUCUGCUUCCUGGCAAUACAACAGAUGGCAGUGCAACUCCAACCAGUCAUCCUUCACAAGCUCCAACCUCAGCUCCAUCUAUGUCUCUGGAAGGACGUAUAGAGGCAUUGCUUGAAGAGGACACCCUUCUAGCAUUGGAAGACCCAGCAUCACCUCAGUCUAAGGCAUUUGAGUGGUUGUUGGAUGACUCAGACAAGCUAUGGUCUUACUCGGAUGAUCGCAUCAAGCAAAAGUUUGCCCUGGCAGCACUGUACUAUGCCACCAAUGGAGAGUUUUGGGCAGAAAAUUCCAACUGGUUGAACCAUAGCGUCCAUGAGUGUGAAUGGUUCAAUUCACCAGAGUUUGCUCGGAAGACAAGAACGAAUGUGAUUUAUCCGGGCUAUCUCUCUGAAUUUUUCCCUCCAACGGAGCCACCUCCCACUACAUGCAGUCCUGAUGAAAUGCUUUACCGCAAUCUUUGGUUGAACCUGAACAAUCUUGUUGGGUCCCUGCCAGAAGAGCUGUACAUGCUGACUUCUUUAAAGACACUCUCACUUGGGCCCAAUCAACUACAUGGAAGCCUAUCUAGCCAUAUUGGAAAGCUUACCCAGUUGGAGGGUCUUGCAAUCUUUGACCAACCACCUGAAGGCAAUAUUCCAUCGGAGAUUGGCUUUUUGACAGAACUAAGGGACGAUGCAAGGACAUAUUCCAUCAGAGGUCGGCCUCUUUUCGAGCUUCUUCUGACUGAAAAUGACUUAACAGGCACAAUCCCAACAGAGCUUGGGAACAUUGAGUCCUUGGAAUGGCUUGUUCUGUCGCGAAACAGAAUAGAUGGGACCAUCCCAAGCGAACUAGCUAUGUUUCCUACCAAUUUGGUGGUUAGCGUGGGUGAAAAUGACCUUGUGGGAACAAUUCCAAGGGUCAUCCCUACGGAGCUUGGUCAAUUGACCACUGCAAAUUUUCUUGCGUUUGAGAAUAACCAACUGUCAGGCCAAAUUCCCAGUGAAUUUGGUUACCUCAGAGGUCUUGGGCGCCUCACCUUGGCAAACAACAGUUUAUCUGGCACAAUCCCAGAAGAACUGUCAUCUCUACAACAGACAUUGCAUACAAUAACAUUCAAUGGGAACCCAAAGCUGUCUGGAACCAUCCCUGAGGAAGUUUGCAACAUGAAUGGCACAGGGGUGAGAAGUUCCUGGGAUUUGCUCAAACCAGUGCAGGGCUUGUUCUUUGAUUGUGGCGGUCUUUUGUGUGGCUGUGGUUGCUCUUGUGGGAUGGGCAAUGAGAGCAAGGUGUAA